GGUGCUUCGAGGCUCGAUCAUCCUUCUCUCUCUUUCACACAUGCCAACAGACACCAAAGUUCGCUCUACUAAGCUCAAAUUUAAAGGCGACAAGACUAAAAAGAAACGGAAAAGAGAUGCUGACGACGAAGGUCGGGCGAGUAGUAGUAGGCACAAGGAAGACGACAAGGAUCCUGACACUUGGGUAUUCCCUGAAAAUGCCAUCGAAAUUCGUGGUCCUACAUUCAUCAUUCACCCCUCCGAUCCUUCUCCAAUAUCCGUAAAUUUCAAUUCUACCACCAACCGUGUCGUCUUGCACGUCCUAGACAAGGAGAAAUCUGAAGACGACGAUGAGCCAGUCCCAAGUCUUCUAGAGCGCACGCCGACAGAUGUUUCCCAGGUAUGGGUCAUCACUCGCGUUGCAGGCUCUCCGACCAUCAAUCUACGAACAGGUACAGGCGAAGGAAAGUUCCUCUCUUGCGACGUGCAUGGCAUCGUCACCUCAGACCGAGACGCACGGGGCCCGCAGGAGGAGUGGACGCCUGUGCUCAUGCCAGAUGGGAUGGUAGCAUUCAUGAAUGUCUACGAGAAGUACUUGAGCAUCGACGAGGUUGCUGGAGGUGCCCUGCAGCUGCGCGGAGAUAGUGAAGAGGUGGGGUUCAAAGAGAGAUUUUGGAUCAAGAUUCAGAACAAGUACAAAAAAGAGGCCACUGAGGAAGAGAAGAAGAAGAAAGAAGGUCUCGCAGGUCCUCCGGUAAUUGACGAGUCUAGUUCCAAUCGGAUGUUCCAGGCUUGGGGUGCCGGACGGAGUAUCGUCUCCAAGGAAGACAAGAAAGAGCUGAAGCGUGCUCGCAAAGAAGGACGUUUAGCUGAAGCCAUGCUGGAUCGUCGGGCCAAGCUGAAGAGUGACAGGUUUUGUUGACUGUAUUUUACAUGUAUAUAUGCUCUCCGGCGUGUAAUGGAAGCCAGAACAUGCCGUACUACCCUGAGAGAACCUGUCUUACCGUCACACUGAAGAAGAUUUCUAGUCCAAGUUACGACAAGUGCAGAUCGCGAGCAUGUGAUGUUUGUUGAAUUUUUGUCGCUCUCUCUUUCUCAGACCAUCACAUUCGAUUCUUCCGUGUUAUGGAGUCCUCUACCAAAAUACCAAAACCUCCCAAGUUGAGAAAAAAUGAGCCUAUAUGUGACCUGCUUCACUACUUGGAACCAGCGGGUAUCAGCAAGUCGGAUUUCGAAACCAUAAAGGUAGACUUUACAUCCUCUUGUUGACUUCACUCAUAUU